AUGGCAUUGAGGGCAAGACCACAUGUUUUCUUAGGAAUUUUUGCAGUUAUUCAGAUUCAAUUUACCUUACAGGAAUUGCCAUCCAGUGGGGUCUCCUGCUUUACAUUUGAAGGGCUCUCCGAGCAAGAGAGUGCUGGUGUAAACCUCAAGCUUUACAAUAAAAGAUGGAAAAGACCAGUGGAUGAGAUCAGUCAGAACCAGGAUCUGGAACGUUAUAAAGAGCACGGCAAAUUGGAUUCAGAGCGCUUUCCAGAAGUUGUGACAAAUGAGACUCAUGAUAACUUAUCCAUUAAGAGAGAUAUGGACCAUGUCUACUACACAUCCAAAUUCUAUGGGCCCACAGAUAGUCCAGACAAUGUUAGAAGAAGAACAAUAUAUGAAUAUCAUCGGGUAGAGCUCUUAAAAUCCAAGAUCGCAAACAUCACUGCUGUUGAGAUGCUUCCUCUACCAACCUGCCUUCAGUUCUACAGCUGUGAGACGUGUGUUACGGCUCAGAUCGGCUUCAACUGUAGCUGGUGCAGUCGCCUGCAGAGAUGUUCCAGUGGUUUUGACCAGUAUCGUCAGGACUGGGUUGACAGUGGGUGCUUAAUUGAGGAACCAGUUUCCUAA